GCACAUGCACGCACACCUACAGAUGCACGCAGGUGCGCACGUGUGUGUGCAGGUCGCACGCACCCUGCACACACGUACACCAGCAUGCAUGUACACGCGCACCUGCACACGCACACAACCGGCAUGCAUUUCCAGGCACGCACCCCUGCACAUACACACACACACGGGCACCUCCAUGUAUUGACACGCACGCGCACAUGCAUGCCCGGACGCACGCCUGCACACCUGCAGGCGCUCAUAUUGUGCACCUGCACAAACGCACAUGCACGCACACCUACACACACGGCUCGGGCUCCGCCCUAUCACACGCACGUGCAAGCUGGGUUCACCUCCCGGCCCCCCCUCCCUUUGCAACUCUGUCGCAAAGCCUCCUGGGAACUGUAGUCCCCGCGGCCCCGCGUGGGCGUUGCCAUGACGACCCCGGGGUGUGAACACGUGCGCCCUGCGCGGGGCGGAGGCGCUCGAGGCCGGCUGGGGUAGAAAGGCCCCCGGGCAGGAGCCUUGGCCUGGCGCAGCCAUGGAGGGGGCGGCGGGCGCUGCCCUGCUGCUGCUGCUGGCGCUGCCCCGCGCCUCCCCCAGCAUCUACCUGAACAGCUGGGCCGCGAGGGUGCCCGGGGGCGCCGCCACGGCCGAGCUGCUGGCCCGCAAGCACGGCUUGCUCUUGCUGGGGCAGGUCAUCGAAGGGGAGCCCUAUUACCAUUUCAAGCACCGAGGCCUGGUGCAGAAAUCCCUGAACAGACACUGGGGCUGGCACGUGCGUCUGAAAAGGGAGCCCAAGGUGCGCUGGUUUGAGCAGCAGACUCUGAAGAGGCGAGCGAGAAGGACGGUCGCGGUGGUGCCAACAGAUCCCUGGUUUCAUCAGCAGUGGUACAUGAAUAACGACGUGAGUCCAGACCUGAACAUCCUCACGGCCUGGAGCAAAGGGUACACGGGUGCGGGCGUGGUGGUCUCCAUCCUGGAUGACGGCAUCGAAAAGGACCACCCCGACCUCUCUGCUAACUACGAUCCCUUAGCAAGUUAUGACUUCAACGCUAACGACCCCGACCCGCAGCCGCGUUACAACAGCUGGGACGAGAACCGGCACGGGACGCGCUGCGCGGGAGAGGUGGCGGCCGUGGCCAACAACCGAAUCUGCGGUGCAGGCGUCGCAUACAACGCGCGGAUCGGAGGCGUGAGGAUGCUGGACGGCCCCAUCACGGACAUCGUGGAGGCCCAGUCCCUGAGCCUGCGGCCCCAGCACAUCCACAUCUACAGUGCCAGCUGGGGCCCGGAGGACGAUGGCAAGACCGUGGACGGGCCAGGGGUGCUAGCCAUGGAAGCCUUCUAUAAGGGGAUAGCGAACGGCCGGGGUGGCCUGGGCUCCGUGUUCGUCUGGGCCUCAGGCAACGGCGGCCUGCGCUACGACAACUGCAACUGCGACGGCUACACCAACAGCAUCUACACGCUGUCCGUGGGCAGUGCCACCGAGACCGGCAGGGUGCCCUGGUACAGCGAGGCCUGCGCCUCCACCCUCACCGCCACGUACAGCAGUGGCGCCCGGCAGGACCGGCAGAUCGUGACCACGGACCUGCACCACCGCUGCACCGACAGGCACACGGGCACCUCGGCCUCCGCGCCUCUCGCGGCCGGGAUGAUGGCGCUCGCGCUGGAAGCCAACCCUGCUCUGACCUGGCGGGACAUGCAGCACCUGGCGGUGAGAGCCUCCCGCCCAGCCCACCUGCAAGCGGACGACUGGGCCGUGAACGGGGUCGGGCGCAAAGUGAGCCACCACUAUGGCUAUGGGCUGCUGGACGCCGGCGCGCUGGUGGACCUGGCCAAGAAGUGGCCCGUGACUCGGCCUCAGAGGAGAUGCUUGGUCAAGGUCGUCUACUCGCCCCUAAAGAUCGGCUCGAAACUCUCCGUCAGCAAGAACGUCUCCAGCUGCACCGGGAGGGCCAAGCACAUUCGCUCCCUGGAGCACGUCCAGGUCCGGGUUUCCCUGAGCUACAGCCGGCGAGGGGACCUGGCGAUCUCCCUGACCAGCCCCAUGGCCACCAAGUCCACCCUGGUAGCCGUCAGGCCCUACGACACCAGCAGCCAGGGCUACACGGACUGGGCCUUCAUGUCCACCCACUUCUGGGACGAGGACCCGCAGGGCACCUGGACGCUCGUGCUGGAGAACAAGGGUGAUGCCUACAACACCGGCUUCCUGACCAGCUUCAUGCUGCAGCUCUACGGCACGGAGGAGGACAUGAGAGCCAGGCAGGUGGAGGCCUCCGUCGUGAGCAAGUGCACGCAGCGCGAUGCCCAGGGAGCCUGCACGGAGUGCAGCAGCCCCUUCUACGCCUUCCAGCGCCUGUGCCUCUCCUACUGCCCUCCCCGCUACUACAACCGCACCCGAAGGUCCCUGGGCACCGCCCGCCCCAUGGGGGUCUGCACCCACUGCCACCCGUCCUGCUACACCUGCCAGGGGGACGGCGCCAGCAAUUGCACAGCCUGCCCCCCCUUCUGCACCUACGACGAGCGCGCCCACACCUGUUCCUCGCCGACGUACCCCUCCCCGCUGCCCGGCGGGGACGGAGGCACGUGGAGCGGGGAGCAUCGUGCCAUCCUGGUGCUGCUGGUGCUGCUUUGCGGGGGUCCUGUCCUCCUCACUCUCCUCUACCUCGCGUACCGCGUGGCGGCCCUUGCCCGGGCCAGGAAGCAGCAGGCAGCGCCUUGCACUCCAGACACAGCCGCUGACGUGGAGCUGACCAGGCAGGACUGUGCUAGCCCGGAGAACAGGACUUGGGACUGAAAGCAGCCCACGGAGCAGCAGGCGCCUUGGCCACCAGCAUAAGGCAGAGCUGGCCCCCCUGCCCCCCUGGCUGUGCCCUGUCUUCUUUUGAUACUACCCAUGCCCCCAAAAUAAAUGUGUUCCCACUCAGA